AUGUUGACCUAUGACCUCAGGUGCGCUUCUGGAAGUGACUCGCCCUGUUCCUUACAUCGAGAUUCGGCCGAACGAGCUGGAGAGCGUGAACCGUCUCGCCGAAAUCGCUUUGUGAUGCACAAGGAAUACUACAAGGUCCUCGAGCAGCUGGAGGAGCUCAGUCCCGAGGAGAUGCUGUCUGAGCUUAUAGCACAGACCAACACUUUGGAGGCCUUGAAGGCUGAACUCGGCGCGGAGGAGUUAGUUGGCGUGUAA